AUGUACGUCACCGCCAACGGCGUGGCCAAGGACAUGGCGAGAGCUCUGAAAUGGCUGUUGGCUGCGGCGAAACAAGACCACCUGGAAGCCAUGAAUUGUGCUGCAACGAUGCUUCGAAAUGGACUGGGCUGCGAAAUCCGUAAAGAGGAGGCGGCGCGAUGGUUUGAGAAGGCCGGCAGCAGAGGCCAUGCUGAAGCCCAGUUCAACCUGGGGGAGAUGCUUUGCGAUGCAGAGAUCGCCCCAGAUCAAGAACGCGGUGUGCUGCUCUUCGAGAAAGCUGCGGCUGCGGACCUCGACUUUGCCCAAUAUCGGUUGGGAUACGCCUUGCGCCAAGGAUCCGGUACCGAGAUCGACGUCCCCAGAGGCAUGCAGUACAUCGAGAAGGCUGCGAAGCAAGGAUUGCCCCAAGCUCAGUACAUG